AUGGAGCGGGCAGUUCCCCGGCGCGAUGGCGGAUCAGUCUUCAAGUCCACGGGCGCCACGGUGCUCGCCAAGACACCGGCUUUAGUGGCGAAGCCUGAGUCCGAGCUGAAAGGGCCCAGCAAAGGCCCAGCCAACAGCCCCGACGUGGCGGGCCGCGCACACGGCGCGAGCUCCUCGAGUCGGCCGGGCCUCAGAGCCGACGGACUCGUGGAGUCUCAUCCCAGUCUGCCGGGUGUUCCCUCCGUGCUGAACGACCCACUGGUGGAGCAGAUCUCGAGGCACCUCGAGGACUCCGAGGGCUCCCGUGAUGAGUCCCGGGGCCAGCGGCCCAAGCGGAGGAGCUCGGAGCCGGUGUCGGAUGAUGAUGACCUAGAAGCCUUGCUCAAAGGACUAGACGAUGAGCCGAGCCCUGCAGCACCUGCAGCUACCGCGACACCCGCCGUGGACUCGCCACCUGCAGGGCGGCAAGCGCGUGGGGGGCCUGGCCUUACGCGCGAAGACAGCCACAAAGUGGCUGUGGCAAAGGAAGCCUCCGAGAGCUGCACCAGCUGUGGCAAAUGCUUUGAGGCUGGCCAGAACAUCUAUGAAAGUUCUUUGAGUGGGAAGCGGGAGACCCUGUGCAGCACCUGUUGGGCAAAGGUGGCGCCUCAUUGUGUCGUUUGCGGGGAGGUGAUUAGUGGGACGAUGGCCAAGGUGGGCGAGGACGCCUACCAUCAAAACUGCUUGAAAUGCACACAAUGCCACAAGCCCAUUGAGGGACGACUCAGCAAAAUGGAAUGUGGUUUAGCCUGCGGUGCUUGCGCGGACGAGAUUGAUCGUGAAAUUCAGGAGCUUCAGUCUUUGCUGGCCCAACAUGACGAGACCGGGGCCGCACUCCUGAUUGGUGCGCUCAAGGUGAGAGGAAUAAACCCACCCGAAAUGAAGCCGCAAGACUUGGGUCAAUGCAGCGCCUGCCAGCGGAGCUUCAAGGCCGGACAGCAGAUCUAUGAGAGUCCGGAGGAUAAAAGGACUCUGUGCAACUUGACAGAAACUGCUAUGACGUUUGGUUGGAGAGCCCCCCUCCAGGCUGCAGCGUGCUAUUUGUCGGCCGCGCCCAAGUGCGCCGCCUGUUUGAUGCCUGUCGUGGGCACUGUGGCUUUCUGUGCUCUGAGUGCCGCCAGUCUGCCACCUGAGGUGGCGGAGGAGGAAACUCAGAUAACAAGCUUGCCUCCAGCAGGAAACUGGGAGGAGAAGGAUCCAGAGCUCGUGGCACUGGAGGCCAAAGCUGACCGCUACGUGACUCAGCUUUUGGCCUUGGACCGAGUGCUGCAGCAGUGGCGCCACAAGAAGCUGGAUAACCAGGAGGCCGUGCUUCAUGCAGACAACGUCAUGGAGAACAUUUGCUCCAUCGGCGAGGUGGACGGCGACCUGUGUCGCCAACAUUUGAAGAAGCAGGGCAUCAGCGAUGAGCGGAGGAUUCAAAUGCAGAAAGUGUAUCAAGCGCUGCUGCUUGACCUGGGAACUGGGAGUUGGGAGUUGGUGCGAGUGACGGAGUGGGACCUUCCAUGCGUCCACGGGCGCAUUCGCUGCGGCUCCAACGACUCUCGGUCUCGCUUGAACAUGACUGACUUGGAGAUGGAUAGCGUGGACAGUGGCCCAGACACCUGUUGCAAUUUGCUUCGGAAGCUCUCCACGCGCAAGAUCACAUGGGUCCUUGUCACAGCACUUGUGACCACAUUGUGCUAUGUGUGGGUUCGGCCUGUUGUGUGCCAGGAUUCCGCGGCUUGCGCCCGCUAUCACGAAGCCGCUAAGGACUUGAACAUUUACAGUGCCUUCAUCUCGUGUGCCCUAGGCUCAGUCUUUUUGCAUGAGAUGGUAUCCGUGAUUCUGAUGUAUCGGACAGCCAAGAAGGCCAUCCACCUGAUCCCCAACAUCAAAGAGUCAUUGCUUCCAUCCGUGCUUUUGUGCACUACCUUUGCCGUGCUUUUGUUGGAAAACUUCCCCUUCUUCAUGGCCAAGACUCCCUGGUUUGUUCACGCAGCGAACUUGGGCCGAGAAGAUCUAGACCAGCAGCCAGUCUACACCAUCUUCUUUGUCGAAUGGUUGAUCAAUGUGCCCAUCUUGCUGAUUCUGGCCGGCACGGUGGCAUUGGGCCGACCAGCUCCGGAAGUGGCAGAGCCACUCAUUGUCACCAACGUCUAUAUGACCUUUGCUUGGACCGCAAAUUUUGUUCCAAAUGAGCCACUCAGAUACUGUUUGGUGUCUGUGUCCUUUCUCAUGUACUUCCGGGCUUCCUGGACCAUGUGCCAAUGGGUUCUUCGAUGGCAGCGACGAAACCCAGAGGGUCGGAUUCUGGGGCGACCUUUGCUAUCCUUUGUCCUCAUCCUCGUCUUCGGCAUUUACGGCCUCAUGUACUUGAUGAGACUCCAAGGCCUCCUGGACUAUCGUGAUGAACGUGUCUUCUACACGACAAUGAAUUUCACGACCAAGCUCUUUGCAUCCAUGACGCUCUCGGGAAUCAGGUCCAGUGAAUUUCAAGAAGUGCUCCUCACCAUGCUGGCCAAUACUCAGACCUCUUUCAAGCGAGCUGUGAACUACGAGGAGACCGUAGAGCUUUUGCCAUGA